AUGGACGGGAAGGUGGCGUCGGUGCACCGGACCCCCCGCGUCCGCAGGCUGCCGUCGUUGAGUCACAUUGCUGUGGUAGUGGACCAAGGCUCGGGCUUCGCCAAGGCGGGCUUUGCUGGGGAGACCCAGCCGCGCGUGGUGCUGAAGAGCUCGAGUCUGCUGCCCAAUUGGGACCGGCCUGUGGGGCCCGGGCUGCCUGGCUGCGAACUGGCGGGCGGCGUGGCCCGUGCCCACCCUAUCAAGCAUGGUGUGGUGGUGGACUGGGACGCACUGGAGGGACUGUGGGAGCGCCUAAUGGUGGGAGGCCUGCAGGUCCGCCCCAAACAGUGGCCUGUGCUGGUGAGCGACUCACCGUCGGCCCCACCCGAGGGCCGAGAGAAGGUGGCCGAGCUGCUGUUCGAGGCCCUGACAGUGCCCGCGUGCCACAUGGCCAGCACGGCGCUGCUGGCCCUCUGCUCCACGGGAGCGAUCAGUGGGCUGGCUGUGGAGGCGGGCGCGGGCGUGUGCCACGCCACACCCAUCUACGCGGGUCACUCCUGGCACAAUGCCACUUUCCGUCUGAACGUGGCAGGCAGCACCCUGUCGCGCUACUUUCGAGAACUGCUGGUGGCAGCGUGCCCUGACCUUCAGCUGCAGGCCCUGCCCCGCAAGACCAUUACACAGCUCAAGAAGCGCUGCUGCUAUGUGUCGCUAGAUUUCCAGGGUGAUAUCUGUGACCCUGCCCGCCACCAGAGGGCCUGUUUCUGCCUGGGCAAUGGCAGCUACGUGCGCCUAGGCAGCGAGCGCUUCCGCUGCCCUGAACCCAUCUUCCAGCCAAGUCUCCUAGGCCACCCUGAACCGGGGCUGCCCGCGUUGGCGUUCCAGGCGCUGCAGAAGAUACCCACACCACUGCGGCCACGGCUGGCUAAGACGGUGGUGCUGGCUGGCGGGUCCACCCUUUUCCCUGGCUUUGUGCAGCGCAUGAACCUGGAGCUGGAGGCACAGUGCCAGAGUAAUGGGCUCCAGUCCCUGCAGCCCUGCCUCGUGGCUCAGCCUGGACGGGCCACAGCCGUGUGGACUGGAGGCUCCAUGAUGGCCUCCCUGCAAUCCUUUGAGUGCCGGUGGAUGACUCGGGCCAUGUACCAGGAGUUCGGCCCUUCUCUGGUUCGGAAAGUGUUCGACUGA